CGCCUUGUACUUAGAAGAUUAGGUAAGCGAGAGGUGGCGUGCGGAAUCUCCUCUUCCUCACUGUUACUGAGCCCUUCGCGCUUUCGCAUCCCCCUCUUUCCGAUUUCUCUUCUCCGUCGUAGCGAUUUAUCGACGAGAUCGAUGCGAGCAGGUACAGAGAAGGAUCUGGAAAGUGUGUUGAUGAAUCAAUGCAUUAUUUUUCUUCAUUUUUAGUUUAGCCACUGCGGAGCAGAUCUAGGAUAUCUUCGCUCUUGCCUAGAGUGUUAAUAAAUGCAGACUAACAAAGAGAUUCAGAUUGGCCUUGCUGAUCUGCAUGCUGACGAGCCUAUAUCGGGUAUACCAAUCAAGAAAAGGCUAUUUCAUAUGUCACAGUCUUCAUCUUCUACAUGCCAAAAUACGCCCACAGUGCCAAAAAAUUCAAGUGAGCAACCGAGGAAGCUCUUACUAAAAUCAGAAUGUUCUGUUUCAGAGAACUCUGCUGGUGUGAAACUAGACAGUAAUGUUAAUCAAAAAAUAGGGCUCAAGAAAGGCACCACUGGAAGUGGAGAAUCAAGUAUGCAUGACGAGCAGGAUGUAGACAUAAGGGCAUCAAUAGGCUUUGGUAUAGAGAAAGGGAAGAAUUCAUCAGUGGAAUUUGAAUCUGAGAUGCUCAAAGGUAAAGAAGCUGUUGGGAAGAUAAUUGCUUCAAGUGAUGUAUCUUCAUCUGAAGAAUUUGAAACGUCAGGUUUGUAUCUAUCAUCAUGUCAGGAUAUGCAAUGUAGCCUGAACUUGUCAAAGAAAGUGAUAAAUGAAACGUGUCCAUUGGAUCUCCCUGGGGCCAAUAAGCCGGAACAUCAUCAAACCAGUUACAACGAUUUGGAAUCACAAUGUGCUUCUAAUCUUUACUCGAGUAGAAAAAAGUGGGAUUUGAAUUUUCCAAUGGAAGUGUGGGAUACCAAUUUGAAUAAUUUAGCUAUUAAUCAUGGGAUGAACAAUGAGUUAAAGCUGAAGGACUUGCAUCAACCAAACGAUGACAAAAUUCCCAUCCAAAAUACUCAAGUGAUUGCAAACAAUUUUGGAUUACGAUUAUCAAUGGUUGAGUUGCAUCAACGCAACAUGAAGUUUACCAAUUUGGAAAUGCCUGUGGAUGGAGCUACAGACUAUGUAGAUGGUUUAGAUUUACAACUUCGGCUACCUAUUGUCAUUUAUCAUUUUAUUUGA